AUGUCAGAAUCCAACACAACCGACUUCACCAACCCCUCCACCUUCAUCCUGCUGGGCAUUCCUGGCUUGGAGGUGGCCCAUGUCUGGAUCUCCAUCCCCUUUUCUGCCAUGUAUGCUGUAGCUGUCCUGGGAAACUUCACCAUCCUGUUCAUCGUGAGUCUGGAGCUGAGCCUCCAUGUUCCCAUGUACUAUUUCCUCUGCAUGCUGGCCGUCACUGACCUGGUCCUGUCUAUGUCCAUCCUGCCCAAAAUGCUGAUCAUCUUCUGGUUCAAUUCCAGGGAGAUAGAUUUUAGUGCCUGCCUCACCCAGAUGUACUUCAUUCACUGUGUUGCAGUGAUGGAGUCUGGGAUCUUCGCGGCCAUGGCUUUUGAUCGCUACGUGGCCAUCUGCAAUCCCCUGAGACAUUCCACCAUCCUGACAAACCCUGUGGUGGCCAAGAUCGGCCUGGCCGUGGUGUUGCGUGGCGGCAUGCUUGCACUGCCCCAUCCCUUCCUGGCAAGGCAGUGGCCAUAUUGCAGAACCAACAUCAUCUCCCACUCAUACUGUGAGCACAUGGCCGUGGUGAAACUGGCCUGCGCAGACAUCCGUGUCAGUAGUUACUACAGCCUCUCUAUGGCAUUGUUGGUAACUGGUAUGGAUGUGUCUUUUAUCGCCAUGUCCUAUACCCAGAUCCUCAGGACCAUCUUCAGCCUCCCCACAAAGGACGCCCGGCUCAAGACUUUUGGGACCUGCAGCUCCCACCUCUGUGCCAUCUUAGCAUUUUACAUCCCAGCUCUCUUCUCCUUCCUCACACACCGGUUUGGCCACAAUGUGCCCCUGCAUUUCCACGUUCUCAUGGCCAACAUGUAUCUCCUGGUGCCCCCUAUGCUAAACCCUAUCAUUUACGGGGUGAGAACCAAACAGAUCCGAGACAGGCUGCUCCGGCUCUUUACUUAUAAAGGAACUAACAUUUUCUCCUGGUGCUCUGGCUCUCAGACCGAGCUCCGUGCAGAGAUGACUGGUGACAUGGUGCUGGGCCCUCGUCCCUGA